GCUAAAAAAACCCUGCACGUGUCUUCGUUUUUCAAGUAUAUAAACGAAACUCGACGCUAGAGUCUCGCAAUUGAAUGCGAUUUCGAGGAACAUCUCCAAUCUUCCCUAACAUCACAAUCCUCCGAUCAAUCCCUUUAUUCCAUCAAGUUUUGAAGUUGAGGAAAAACAUGGCUGGCGGCAAUUUUAUGCAUAGAGUUAUCUCUUAUUUCGUGAAUGAAGUGGUUGUCAAUGGUCUUGCCAACAGUCCUGCAUUUCAGAGGUUUGCUGUGAGGACAUCAAAGAAUAUCGAAGAUAUUUCAAAGAAAGCUAUUCAGAAGCGACAAGAACUUGCUGAGCAGCUUAAGGACCUUCCCCAAAAAAUGGAUUCUUUCAAGAACCGGUGAUUCUAUCAUUCUUGCUGCGUUGGUGAAGGGUAAUAAUGCCUGGAGAUUCUAUAUAUCAAAGUUGCUGGUGGAAAGUAUGUAAAUUUGUUUUGGCAGUUUGAUUUUUGGUUUGUUUCACAUGGUAUGUAAUGGCUUCUUCCAGCUUGUUUGCUGAACCAAAAACAAAAUUAGAAUACUAAUUAAAGUUUAUGAUGCUGUGUUACAGCAUAUCAUUCCGAUUCUAUUUGAAACUAUUGAAGGUUGUUUGCA